UAAUUCUCAAUUUUAAUUUCAUACCCCCCGGUGCUUCUCACACGUUUUCUUCUUACGUAAAAUCACAUUCUUUUAGGAGAAAGAUUGAUCAGAUUUCAGAUAUUUUUAACUCAGAUCACUGCAUCGAUUUCAGUGAUCUGAAAACCCUUUUCCGAUAUUGAGGCGUUGAAUCAGAGAGGAGACUGUGAAGAUGAGUGAAGGCCAGCGGUAUCAGCUGGGGACGAUUGGAGCGCUGAGUCUUUCUGUAGUUUCUUCGGUGUCUAUUGUGAUUUGCAACAAGGCGCUGAUUAGCACUCUUGGCUUUACUUUUGCUACCACUCUGACUAGCUGGCAUCUUCUUGUCACAUUUUGUUCUCUUCAUGUGGCUCUGUGGAUGAAAUGGUUUGAGCACAAGCCUUUUGAUCCUAGAGCUGUCAUGGGGUUUGGAAUUCUGAAUGGAACAUCGAUUGGUCUUCUAAAUCUUAGCCUGGGUUUCAACUCCGUUGGUUUCUAUCAGAUGACAAAACUGGCAAUUAUACCCUGCACUGUUCUUUUAGAGACGCUGUUCUUCAGAAAGAAGUUCAGUCGGAAUGUCCAGCUUUCACUCUCUGUUCUUCUCAUGGGCGUUGGAAUCGCCACAGUGACUGAUUUACAGCUCAAUAUCCUGGGUUCCAUCUUGUCUCUGCUUGCAGUUGUUACAACUUGUGUUGCACAAAUUAUGACAAAUACAAUCCAGAAGAAAUUCAAGGUUUCUUCGACCCAACUCCUGUACCAAUCUUGUCCAUAUCAGGCAAUAACUCUGUUUGUGACUGGACCAUUUUUAGAUGGGCUUUUGACAAACCAAAAUGUUUUUGCUUUCAAUUACACUCCUCAAGUUCUGGCAUUUAUCGUGCUUUCCUGCUUAAUAUCAGUGUCGGUGAACUUCAGUACCUUUCUGGUAAUUGGAAAGACAUCACCAGUCACCUAUCAGGUCCUGGGGCACUUAAAAACCUGCCUUGUUUUGGCAUUUGGCUACGUUCUUCUACAGGAUCCAUUUAGCUGGCGCAACAUUUUAGGAAUCUUGAUUGCUAUAGUAGGCAUGGUGCUAUACUCGUAUUAUUGCACCGUUGAAAGCCAGCAAAAGGCCGUUGCUGAAGCAUCGGCCCAAUUGUCUCAGGCCAAGGAAGGCGAGUCUGAUCCCCUACUAAGUGUUGAAAACGGAGGCGGUAUUUUAAACGAAGGAGGUGUUGUAAGAGCUCCUGGAUGGACUUCAAACAAGGACCUGCAGGCGUAAAAUCUUCACGGUACAAAUUCGUUUACCCUGUUUGAAUAUAUGGACGAAGUUAUUCUGGCGAAAAAGAUGUCGCCUUGCAAGGGAUUCCGUGCAUUGUGGAUUGGUGAUUUCUGCAUUUUCAACAUAUUAAAACUUUUGUUCACAAGUACUAGAGCUAAAUGAUAUGGUCUUAUGUAGCAGUUUUGUAUACGCUAGGCUUGCCAAUAGAAGUGAUGGUUAAUCAAAAUACUUGUUUCGUGGAUGACAUUGUUUUUUGAGAAGCAAAUGUUACAGUUUAGAUUAUGAAUAUGCGUUUUAAUGAAAAUUAUUAAUUGGUUGAGAAGAGA